AUGGCCGACUCAAACUCAGGCGCAAGCCGCAAAGUCAAAUGGACCACUCUCUCCUAUGACGGCUCUAACUACGACAAGUGGUGGGCACAUCUCAUUGCUGCCGCCAACACGGACUACAAGGACGACGUGGAAGGCGUUCUUCGUUUUAAACAUAUCAAGC